AUGCUGGGCGAUCUCCAGCUCGGAGAAGAAGAUCAGUUUAAGGGAAGUCAAGUGAGAGAAAGUUCCAGCCAUCCUUGUGUUUUCCCACCAGGUAGCUUUCAUUGUGUUAGCCAAUGCCAGUGUGCGUCCUUGUUGAAAUGUAAGUACAUGUUUCAUAUCACUACAGAAAUCACUGAGCUAGGCUGAAAUGCCUGAAUUUUGGACCUGCCUUACUCAAGAAACAAAAAUGAAACCAAGUUUGUAUGCAGCUUUAUUAACUCAAUGAUUAUAAAAAAAAUGGGAUUGUAUGCAAACUGAUAUGUGACACGUAUUAAUGCCAAAAUAACAUGCAAAACAGGUGGGGCUCUGCCUCUCUGGCUCUCUUCGAUCUCUCCCCCACUUAUCCAAAGGAAUAGCAAGGCCACAAUAAUUUCACCUCCAUGUCAUGCAUCCCAGGACUGUCAGCAGUGCUCCAUAUCAACCUUGGAUCUGAGGCAUCCCUAUACUGGUUCCCUAACUAUAACCCUAUGGUUCUUCUCUACUCAGCUCAGUAAGAAGUAUGGCUCAGUGUUUACUGUAUGGCUGGGACCCAAACCUGUGGUGGUGAUCUCAGGCUAUCAGGCUAUCAAGGAUGCUUUUGUCAACCAUGGAGAAGAGUUCAGUGGCAGCGCCAACUACCCUGUGAUCAUGACAGGCUCUAAAGGAUAUGGUGGGUGACUUUUAAAUGGAAGUGGGUGGGUGUCAUUGACCUUGCCACAGUCAGUCUGUGUGGAAAUUGACAAUUUAGCAGAUAACCUAAUGUAACAUACGUUUUGUUAUGCUCUUCUAAUUCUACAUCUUUGUGCUUCUGUCCUACUCUUUACUGUAGGAGUGUUGGUGAGCAAUGGGAAGAGAUCAAAAGAUCUUCGCAGAUUCUCGCUGAUGACCCCGAAAAACUUUUUGAUGGGGCGCAGGAGCAUCGAAGAACGUGUCCAAGAAGAGGCUAAGAUGCUAGUGAAAGCCUUCAGUGAAUAUGGAGGUAGAUUGUUUUCUUAGUAUUUUUCUUGCUUUUGAAAUAUGGGCAAUAUCCUCGGGCGGAGCAUGUGGGGCCUCAAGCGUAUAAAUUAUUUAAUUACUAUUUAUUUUAUUAUGCCCAGCUCACGAGCGAGGCCCCUUGAUGAUGUGAGCCCUGAGGCAAAUUGUCUCUUCUGCCUAAUGAUAAGUCCGCCACUGGUAAAACCUCCCCAGUACAAAACCAGACAGAGCACUUUCCUUCCAGGACCCUAGGGAUAAAUAACAAGGGAGUUUAACGUUUGUUCUGUAAUCAGUGUAACUGAGAACUGGGGCAGGGUGAAUGUUAUAACCUAGUGUUUAAUUCAAACAUAGUUGUUGCUUCUCACAGCUAUUUCUAAAAGUUGCACAAUAUUAUACUGUAUAUGGAUAACCAAUCAGGUAUUUAAAGGUAUUUGUGUGCUUGCCUUCCUUCUCUAAUCUAGAUUCAGUUGUCAAUCCCAAAGAAUUGCUUUGCAAUUGUGUUGGCAAUGUGAUCUGCUCCAUAGUCUUUGGGCACAGGUUUGAAAAUGACGACCCAACAUUUCAGCUCAUCUAAAAGGCUGUUGAUGCCUACUUUAAUAUCCUCAACAUCCCUAUAGGUGCGGUACAGUAACUUUCCGGUUAUCUCUUUUCAUAGAAUCUUCCAUUGCUCUCAAUGCCCUAACUUGUGCUAAAUUGAAGCUCUAUCACACUAAUUGCACAAAAUGGCCUUGGGCUGACCAAUCCAUUGUUUUCACUAACAAAAAACCCUCCCCUUCCUCCCCUUUCUUUCAGAUGUACAACAUGUUCCCUAGAAUCGUUUGGUGCUUUCCAGGCAAACCCCAUGAGAAAACAAGGCAUGAUCCUCACAUUGGAGGUUGAACCUUUUACACAUUCUGAAAAUAUGGAAUGUGGCAGGAAUUAAGAUACCAUCCAUGUCCACUCAUGUGAGUUUGGCUAUCAGAAUGAAUAGACAAGUGAGAGGCCCAUCUCUGGUUUUCCAAUGUAUUUAGUGGCAAUAAGAAUGUGGAGAUGGCAUCAACUAGCUACCAGAUGUCGCUGUUUACUUGAAUAACUGAAGGUGACUUAUUCUCUUCUCUUAGGAGAAACACUGAGUUCAACUGUGAGAACAUGGUGAUGACUGCAUGGAACCUGUUUGCUGCUGGAACAGAAACAUCAUCCACCCUAAAACACUCAUUUUUGAUGAUGAUAAAGUACCCUCACAUUCAAGGUUCCCUGUCUACCCAACUCUUUAUCGAUUGCAUCCAAGUAUCCUAGACCUAUUUGAUAACAUUGUAGUCCCAAAAAUAAUAAAUAGUUUGAAAUGUGUUAUUACGAUGUAGUUACAUGUAAUAACUCCAACAACAAUCCGUAUAUGGUAUCAGUGCAACGUAAUGUAAAGUGUGACCGAAGUCUUCAUAAGGGAGUGUUCAGAAGGAGAUAGACGAGGUGAUUGGCUCAAGAGUGCUCACGAUUGACGACAGAGUUAAAAUGCCCUACACGGACGCUGUCAUUCACGGAGUCCAGAGAUACAUGGACUUCACUCCCACCUCGGUCCCCCACGAAGUGAUCAGAGAUACAGAGUUCCACAACUACCUCAUUCCAGAGGUGACCACAAUUCUGUAACUUUAGGAACACUGAAUGUUACAUUUCACCAUAUUUUGUUUGACGUGGUGGAAGUGUUGUUCAAAAAAUAUGAUUUACAUUUUACUAAUCAACAUGCAGUUUUCAUAGCAAGUGAAGGGUGUUAUUUUGACAUUCUUUCAGGGUACCAUGGUCCUGCCUCUGCUGUCCUCUGUGCUUGCUGAUCCCAGACUGUUCAAGAACCCAGAUGAGUUUGACCCAGAGAACUUCCUGGAUGAAAAUGGACGCUUCAAGAAAAAUGAUGGAUUCUUCGCUUUUGGGGUGGGUAAGAUUAUGCUCCAAGUAGUUUGUGGAUUAUGUGUUCCUGUAUCUCUAUCCACAAAAAAAACAUGAAAAGAUAUGAGAGGAUUGGGACUGCCCUAGCCUGGUGGAACCAGCCUGAUCCACCAGCCUAGGAUUUCCGCACUCAUUUAAAAAACGAAACAAGAAACCUGAGAACCUCUGGUCAACUUCAAUUAAACAAUUGAAGUUCUAGGCUGACUGACAAUGACCUCUCCCCUCUCCCUUCUCUUGUCCCCAGGGAAGCGGGUGUGUCUGGGAGAGGCUCUGGCCAGAUUAGAGCUCUUUCUCCUCUUUACCUCCCUCCUGCAGCGCUUCACUUUCACCGGCACCAGACCUCCAGAGGAGAUCAACAUCGACCCAGCGUGCUACAGCUUUGGCCGCAUGCCGCCUUCCUAUGAUUGCUACAUCAAACUGAGGAGUGACCACUUUACUGUGGAGCAGUCACAGGCUGAGCUUCACAGGCAGCUGCUUGUCAUUAUGCAUUAACCAUAGCCUUACAUUUACCACCUUUUGAAAGGGGUUAGUGAGUUGUUGUAUCUUGCUAUUAUCCUCAGGUAGGAUCUCUAAGGUAUGGGUUGAUAUUUCAAGGCUAAUUUCAGUCCACAUGAAUGUCUUUUUAAAGCUUGUUUUUGGUCAGGUUUCAAGAAUUCCCAUCAGAGAUGUUGGUUACCAUAUCUCUAGACUUUUGAUCACACUCCCCUGCUUUGUACCCAUUUCAGCACAGGCCUAUAGGUUAAUAUUAAGUUCUCUAUUGAAAUGUUAUGGUGAGAGGACCAACAGUUUCUGGUGGUAAAAUGUAAGCAACUGAAAUGUGUAUUUUUUUUGUAGGUUACUGUGUGGUUAGGACUGUACAUCUAUACCAGCAAAGCACUUAGGGGUACUGUACACUAUGUAUACUGUGGGGGUCACAAUGUUAUUCUGCCUUUGUAUUCAACGUGACUGGUGUAUCGUAACAAAACGUUUGGUUGUAACAUAUAAUAUGUUUCACAGAAACAGAAUGCUGUUACUGGAAUGUUCGUGGUUACCAGAAAAAUUAAUCAAUUAACUCAUGAAAAUAGUAUUGUGAUUGUACAACACAUUUUACAUAUGCUUUUGACACAAUGGCUCUGAUUGGUACAACUGAUAUUUUUGAGUUUGUUUGCAAACUUAAUAAACCUAAAAGUAUUUUCCCCCUUUCUAAUUGUCUCUACUUCUACAUAUUUUUGAUACUGAAAGUUCUCAGAUCUUCAACCAAAAUCUAAUAUUAGAUAAAGGGAACAAAUAACAGAACAAUUACAUACUUCAUUUAUUUCAUAAACAAAGUUAUGCAACACCCAAUGCCCCUGUGUGAAAAAGUAAUUGCUCCCUUACACUCAAUAUGUCACGAUCGUCGUAGUAAGGAGUAGACCAAGGCGCAGCGUGAGAAACAAACAUGACUUUAUUUAGUUAAAGUUUCUAAAUAUAAACAAAACACGACUCGUGAAGUCCACGGUGACACUGACCGAACACGGAACAAAAACCCACAAACCCAAAGUGAAACACAGACAGUUAAAUAUGGCUCCCAAUCAGAGACAACCAGCAAACAGCUGACACUCGUUGCCUCUGAUUGGGAGUCACUCAGUCCAACCUAGAAAUAAACACAACAGAACUACCAACAUAGAAAUAAUCACAUAGAAUGAACACACCCUGGCUCAACAUAAUGAGUCCCAGAGCCAGGGUGUGACACAAUAACUGGUUGUGCCACCUAUAGCUGCAAUGACUGCAACCAAAUGUAUCCUGUAGUUGUUGAUCAGUCUCUCACAUCGCUGUGGAGGAAUUUUGUCCCACUCUUGCAUGCAGAACUGCUUUAACUCCGCGACAGUUGUGGGUUUUCAAGCAUGAUCUGCUCGUUUCAAGUCCUGCCACAACAGCUCAAUUGGGAUUAGGUCUGGACAUUGACUAGGCCAUUCCAAAACUUCAAAUUUGUUGCCUUUUAACCAUUUUCAUGUACACUUGAUUGUGUGUUAUAAAACAUUGUCUUGCUGCAUGAAUCAGCUUCAGCUCACAGACGGAUGGCCUGACAUUCUCCUGUAGAAUUCUCUGAUACAGAGCAGAAUUCAUGGUUCCUUCUAUUAAGGCAAGUCGUCCAGGUCAUGAGGCAGCAAAGCAUCCCCAAACCAUCACACUACCACCACCAUGCUUGACCGUUGGUAUAAAGUUCUUGCUGUGGAAUGCAGUGUUUGGUUUUCGCCAGGCAUAAUGGUACUGUGAGCUGAAGCGCAGCUGGGUCAUGCAGCAAGACAAUGAUCCAAAACACAUAAUCAAGUCUACGUGAAAAUUGUUAAAAAGCUAUAAAUGUGAGGUUUUGGAAUGGCCUAGUCAAAGUCCGGACCUAAUCCCAAUUGAGAUGUUGUGGCAGGAUUUGAAACGAGCAGUUCAUGCUUGAAAACCCACAUAUGUCACUGAGUUAAAGCAGUUCUGCAUGCAAGAGUGGGUCAAAAUUCCUCCACAGCGAUGUGAGAGACUGAUCAACAACUACAGGAAACAUUUGGUUGCAGUCAUUGCAGCUAAAGGUGGCACAACCAGUUAUUGAGUGCAAUGGGGGCAAUUACUUUUUCACACAGGGGAAUUGGGUGUUGGAUAACUUUGUUAAUUAAAUAAAUAGAAUAAGUAUACAAUUUGUUUGUUAUUUGUAAAUUCAGGGUCCCUUUAUCUAAUAUUAGGUUUUGGUUGAAGAUUUGAUAACAUUCAGUGAAAAAAUAUAUGCAAAAAUAGAGAAACCAGAAACAGACAACCUAGACCAUAGUGCCCUCCAAGCUCAUCAUUAAGCUCGGGCCCUGGGUCUGAAACCCGCCCUGUGCAACUGGUUCCGGAACUUCCUGACAGUCCAACCCCAGGUGUUGAAGGUAGGCAACAACACCUCCGCUACACUAAUCCUCAACACGGGGGCCCCACAAGGGUGCGUGCUCAGCCCCCUCCUUUACUCCCUGUUCACACAUGACUGCUUGGCCACGCACGUCUCCAACUCCAUCAUCAAGUUUGCAGACGACACAAGUGGUUGGCCUUAUUACCAACAACGACGAGACAGCCUACAGGGAGGAGGUGAGGGCCGUGGCGGUGUGGUGGCAGAUAAUAACCUCUCCCUCAACGUCAACAAAAUUAAGGAGCUGAUCGUGGACUUCAGGAGAGCAGAGACGGCACGCCCCCAUCAACGGGCCGCAGUGGAGAGGGUGACAAACUUCAAGUUCCUCGGCGUCCACAUCACUGACAACCUGAAAUGGUCCAUCCACACAGACUGUGGUGAAGAAGGCGCAAAAAGUUGCAACCUCAGGAGGCUGAAGAAAUUUGGCUUUGCCCCUGAUACCCUCACAAACUUCUACAGAUGCACAAUGGAGAGCAUCCUGUCAGGCUGUUUCACUGCCUGGUGUGGCAAUUGCACCAUCCGCAACCGCAGGGCUCUCUAGAGAGUGGUGAGAUCAGCCCAACGCAUCACCGGGGGCACACUGCCUGCCGUCCAGGACAUCUACAGCACCCGGUGUCACAGGAAGGCCAAGAGAUCAUCAAGGACCUCAGCCACCCAAGCCACGGCCUGUUCACCUUGCUACAAUCUAGAAGGCGGAGACAGUACAUGUGCAUCAAAGAUGGGACAGAGAAACUGAAAAACAGCUUCUAUCUCCAGGCCAUCAGACUGUUAAAUAGUCACCACAAACCGACCUCCGCCCAGUACCCUGCCCUGAACUUAGUCACUGUUACUAGCCAGCCACCGCCCAGUACCCUGCACUGAACUUAGUCACUGUUACUAGCCAGCCACCGCCCAGUACCCUGCCCUGAACUUAGUCACUGUUACUAGCCGGCUACCACCCGGUACUUUACUCUGCACCUUAGAGACUGCUGCCCUAUAUACAUAGUAAUUUAACACUGGUGACUUAAAUAAUGCUUACAUAGUGUUUUACCCACUUAAUAUGUACAGUUGAAGUCGGAAGUUUACCUACACUUAGGUUGGAGUCAUUAAAACUUGUUUUUCAACCACUCCACAAAUUUCUUGUUAACAGGCUAUAGUUUUGGCAAGUCGGUUAGGACAUCUACUUUGUGCAUGACACAAGUCAUUUUUUCCAACAAUUGUUUACAGACAGAUUUUUUCACUUAUAAUUCACUGUAUCACAAUUCCAGUGGGUCAGAUGUUUACAUACACCAAGUUGGCUGUGCCUUUAAACAGCUUGGAGAAUUCCAGAAAAUGAUGUCAUGGCUUUAGAAGCUUCUGAUAGGCUAAUUGACAUUAUUUUAGUCAAUUGGAGGUGUACCUGUGGAUGUAUUUCAAGGAAUACCUUCAAACUCAGUGCCUCUUUGCUUGACAUCAUGGGAAAAUCAAAAGAAAUCAGCCAAGAACUCAGAAAAUAAAUUGUAGACCUCCACAAGUCUGGUUCAUCCUUGGGAGCAAUUUCCAAACGCCUGAAGGUACCACGUUCAUCUGUACAAACAAUAGUACGCAUGUAUAAACACCAUGGGACCACGCAGCUGUCAUACUGCUCAGGAAGGAGACGUGUUCGGUCUCCUAGAGAUGAACGUACUUUGGUGCGAAAAGUGCAAAUCAAUCCCAGAACAACAGCAAAGGACCUUGUGAAGAUGCUGGAGGAAACAGGUACAAAAGUAUCUAUAUCCACAGUAAACGAGUCCUAUAUCGACAUAACCUGAAAGGCCGCUCAGCAAGGAAGAAGCCACUGCUCCAAAACCGCCAUAAAAAAGCCAGACUACGGUUUGCAACUGCACAAAGACAAAGAUCGUACUUUUUGGAGAAAUGUCCUCUGGUCUGAUGAAACAAAAAUAGAACUGUUUGGCCUUAAUGACCAUCGUUAUGUUUGGGGGGAAAAAAGGGUGCUUGCAAGCCGAAGAACACCAUCCCAACCGUGAAGCACGGGGGUGGCAGCAUCAUGCUGUGGGGGUGCUUUGCUGCAGGAGGGACUGGUGCACUUCACAAAAUAGAUGGCAUCAUGAGGAAGGAAAAUAAUGUGGAUAUAUUGAAGCAACAUCUCAAGACAUCAGUCAGGAAGUUAAAGCUUGGUUGCAAAUGGGUCUUCCAAAUGGACCCCAAGCAUACUUCCAAAGUUGUGGCAAAAUGGCUUAAAGACAUCAAAGUCAAGGUAUUGGAGUGGCCAUCACAAAGCCCUUACCUCAAUCCUAUAGAAAAUGUGUGGGCAGAAUUGAAAAAGCGUGGGCAAGCAAGGAGGCCUACAAACCUGACUCAGUUACACCAGCUCUGUCAGGAGGAAUGGGCCAAAAUUCACCCAACUAAUUGUGGGAAGCUUGUGGAAGGCUACCCGAAACGUUUGACCCAAGUUAAACAAUUUAAAGGCAAUGCUACCAAAUACUAAUUGAGUGUAUGUAAACUUCUGACCCACUGGGAAUUUGAAAUAAAAGCUGAAAUAAAUCAUUUUCUCUACUAUUAUUCUGACAUUUCACAUUCUUAAAAUAAAGUGGUGAUCCUAACUGACCUAAGACAGGGAAUUUUUACUAGGAUUAAAUGUCAGGAAUUGUGAAAAACUGAGUUUAAAUGUAUUUGGCUAAGGUGUAUGUAAACCUCCGACUUCAGCUGUAUGAUAUGCAUUGUAUGCCUCUUAUUUAUCUAUACCAGCUCUUCCAAAGCAUUGCUUGAUUGUGUCUUAUAUGCUUGCCUGCCAAAAAUUGAUAAUGAUAACAAAAGUAUGUAGGUCACCAUUCAAAUAUAACAACGACCCCUUCCUUCCCAUGUUUCCUAUGUUGCGCCUCUUCCAGCUGUACAACAUUUCCCCCAGAAUCGUUGAAUGUUUUCCAGGAAAACACCAUGAGCAGUUUAAGGCCAUAGACAAGGCCAAAGCUUACAUACGAGAGGAGGUAGAUCGUCGCCUUAAAAACCUGGACACCUCUAACCCCCAGGACUACUUCGAUGUAUUCCUGGUUAAAAUGCUGGAGGUAAAACAGUGAUUUAUUGCUGGAAUUUGAUAUUGAACCUCUUACACAGUAUCAAAAUAAUGUAAUAGCACCACCUAGCUACCUAAAUAUAUGAUCAAUGUUUACGUGGGUCUGAAUCUUUGUGCAAAAAAUCUGACUUUCUCACAAAUCUCCUAUCAGUGUAUGAUUUAGAGGUAUCUUCCAACUUUCCUUAGGAGAAGGAUCAGCCCGAGACUGAGUUCAACUAUGACAACUUGUUUCCGUGUGUGUGGGAUCUGUUUGCUGCCGGCACAGAGACCCAGUCCUCCACCCUAUCACACGCCUGUCUGAUGAUGAUCAAGUACCCUGACAUCCAAGGUAUCCUCUCUUCUGUAUCACUGCUAUUGAAGUUAUACUCAUUUAUUGCAAAUAUAUAGAAAAUAGUACUGCAACCCGACUUAAUGGGACGGUUUCCAUGGACGCAGAUUAAGUCUAUUCCUGGACUAAAAAGCACUAUAAUUAAUGGAGAUUCCCUAUUGAACAUGUUUUUAGACUUAAUCUGGGUCUGGAAAACCAGCCAAAAAAGAGCUGCAACAGAGAGUUUACAUUACAUGUCAUGUAAGCAGCACAUGCAUCCUGGCAUUUCUUCAUUCUCAGUACACUAUAAACACUGUAUAUAAACAUAAAUGACAGAACCCAACUGCUAUGAAGGUCUAUGACUGUCUCACUUCCUCAGAGAAAGUUCAGAAGGAGAUAGAUGAGGUGAUUGGCUCGAACAGAGUCCCCACAGUUGACGACAGACAUAUGAUGCCCUACACGGACGCUGUAAUCCACGAAAUCCAGAGAAGUAUGAGUCUUGCUCCCACUGCUGCCCCUCACCAAAUGACCCGAGACACAACGUUCCACAACUACCACAUCCCAAAGGUGACCACCAUUUCUGCAAACUUAUCCCAAACGUCUAUUAAUUUUUACUUGUUAAACUGCCAAUUGUUUUAUGUAAGUGCUCUUUUGUAAUUCUUCCAGGGUACCACAGUGUUUCCACUGUUGUCCUCUGUGCUGUUUGACCCCAAACUGUUUAAGAACCCAGACGAGUUUGACCCAGAGAACUUCCUGGAUGAAAAUGGACGCUUUAAGGAAAACAACGGACGUCUUGCUUUUGGACUGGGUAACAUUUUGUUACAAGUGGCUAAUAGAAUAAUAUGAGAAUGUGAAAACAAGAACCACUCCAUAGUAGCUCUCAGAGAAAAAGAAUCAACAUCAUCACACGAUAUACAUACACAUUGCUAGCAUCUUGUUUGAUAUGUUUUGCAAAUCAAACAAGGCCAAUGUGUAGGUUUCAGUCCCAGGAUUGCAGGUUGACUGCUGAAGGUAACCUAUCUCCUCUCCCACUGUCCCUCAGGGAAGCGGUCCUGCCUGGGAGAUGGAAUGGGGAUUCCCAGGAUGGUACUCUUCCUGUUCUUUAUUUCCCUUCUUCAGCGUUUCACCUUCAGGGGCACCAAACCUCCAGAGGAAAUUGACGCCAGUGUAGUAUCCUCCUUCAUUGGCCGCCUUGCGCGCCCCUACACCUGCUAUGUCAAACUCAGGACACCAAAUAUUUAA